UUACAGUUAGACUCUUCCAUCUAAGGGGACAGAAAGCAAAGGUUACUAUAAUAUCUUCGUUUCAUUCUUCCCCAACGUUUGGUAUCUGAGGAACAGUGUUCGUCUUGCGUUGCAGCAACAAUGGGAAGCGCCACUGUUGCGUCAACCCUCGUCCAAAUGGCCCAGAGGUGCACGUGCAUGCGCGACCUCAAGCUCCUCCACGCGCACGCGUUCCGUACUCACCUCGACGACCACGUGGUGGUCCUCGGCAAACUCUUCCGCUUCGCUGCGGUGUCACCGUUGGGAGACUUGAGCUAUGCUCACCGCAUGUUCGAUAUAAUGCCCAACCGAACCACCUUCUUCUACAACACCCUCAUACGCGCCCACUCCCAUUCCACCUCCCCUUCUCUCUCUUCCCUCUUCUUCAACGUCAUGAGGCAAAACGACGUCGCCCCGGAUCAGUUUUCCUUCACGUUCUUGCUCAAGUCCCGCUCAAGAACCACUCCUUUGACCCACCACAACGAUAUACAUGGCGCCGUUUUGAAGUUCGGGUUUUGCAGCCACUUGCACGUCCAGAACGGGCUGAUACACUUGUAUGCCCAUAGGGGGAUGACCCUUUUGGCAAGAAGGGUAUUUGAGGAUGUUUUACGCCUGGGUUUGGAGGUUGAUGUUGUGUCCUGGUCUGGGUUGCUUGUGGCGCACGUAAAGGCUGGUGAGUUGGACGUUGCGAGGAGGGUGUUUGAUGAAAUGCCCCAGAGGGAUGUGGUUGCGUGGACUGCCAUGUUAUCUGGGUAUUCUCGGGCGAGGCGACCCAGGGAUGCUCUGGAGUUGUUCAGAGAGAUGAGGCAUGCUGGGGUGUGGCCAGACGAGGUUACCAUGGUGAGUGUGAUUUCAGCUUGUGCUACUUUGGGAGAUGUAGAGACAGGGAGGAUGGUUCACCAUUUCGUCGAGGAGAAUGGGUUUGGGUGGAUGGUUGCUCUUUGCAAUGCGCUCAUUGAUAUGUAUGGGAAGUGUGGAUGCUUGGAGGAGGCAUGGUACGUGUUUCAUGGGAUGACGAGAAGGAGCUUGAUCACAUGGAACUCGAUGAUGACCGUAUGUGCGAACCAUGGAAAUGCUGAUGAAGCUUUCAGGUUGUUUGAAUGGAUGGUUUGUUCGGGAGUUGUGCCUGAUUCGGUGACACUUCUGGCGCUUCUGGUUGCGUUUGCUCAUAAGGGGUUGGUGGAUGAUGGAAUUAGAUUGUUUGAGAGAAUGGAAAGGGACUAUGGAGUUGAACCUAGGAUUGAGCAUUAUGGAGCAGUGGUAGAUAUGUUGGGGCGUGCAGGGCGAAUACAGGAGGCUUAUGAUCUACUUGCAAAUAUUUCAAUUCCAUGCAAUGAUGUUGUUUGGGGAGCUCUGCUUGGAGCUUGCAGGAUUCAUGGUGAUGUUGACAUGGGGGAAAAGAUUAUAAAUAAGUUGUUGGAGUUGAAAUCAGAUGAAGGUGGAUACUAUAUUCUCCUGCGUGAUAUCUAUGUUGCUGCAGGCCGGACUGUUGAAGCCAAUGAGAUGAGGCUAGCCAUGUUAGCUAGUGGAGCAAGGAAAAAUCCUGGUUGUAGUUGGGUGGAAGGAUGAAGUUUAGAUGUGCAUCGAAAGCAAUCAUCAUGCAAGGCAAUGGUAAUACCCUCUGUGCAGUGCAGGAUAUAGAGUUGUUUGCACAGAAUCUCCAUAAGCCAGUGUGUUGUUGAUUCAAGGCAGCAAAUCGGCAAGUAGAAGGGUUGAAAGUAUUGUUAGAGACCAGAUAACGUUUUCCAUUCACUGUUGUACUUCAAAUUUGAAUCACCCGAUGAUUUCUUGAAGUCUCGUUCUUCAAUUUUCUGUUGAGCCAUUGGUACUGAUGAAGAUUUUUAGGAACCCACUGUUUCUUUAUAUAUCUCAUGAAGCAGCAAGUUUGAAGUUAUUCUUGCAAAUAAAAGUUGAUGAUUUUGUUCUAUGAUGGAUUAAACAAGCAGAAGCUGGAUCUGACUCUAAAAUAAUGCCCAUCUACAGUUACUCGGUGUUUGCUUCAAAGUUUGGGUCGUUACAGUGUGAAUGUUUUUUCUUUCGUGGAACAGGUCUAACCAUAGAUACUGUACACUCUGGCGACUAGAACACAGUCGACUUACUUGCACAGAUGUACAGAUCUAAAGUCGGACCUACGUGCAAAAAUGUGAUGGACUCGAUCUGUAACCGAUAUACAUAGAUGAAGGCUCAAUUCAUAAACCUGCUGCUCAUCUCCUUUGUCCAGGAUAACGGUUAAACGAUUAUGUAACACAUUCUCGCAAAGAUCAGGAUAACCUCGACAUACGUCAAUCAUUUAUCGCGAUCCUAAAAUAAACUGAAGCAAAGACGAGUUGAAGACCUAAAACUAAGCAGCUAAUUUCCAAAGAGGGAACGAGAAAAAGGACCGAGAAAACCACGACUACAGAAAAAAAAAAGUAUCCCUUUACAAAAACAUCUAGUGAAGAGGACAAGUUACGACCAUUAUACACCUCAGAUUUCCUUUUGCGAGAACAAAUACCAUAACUAGUUGAAAUAAUGAUCAGAUGACAUUAUUGUGCUGCUGAUUUUUGAAGGAUUAUCAACCCUAGUGCUGUUAAUAAAGCAUUCAAUCAUACGGGCAUGUAUAUGAUUGAUCAGAUUUGUUCUUUAGCUUGAAGAUUUUCUACCGAGGCAAUUACAAUCUUAUGCUCACCAGAUGAAACAUUGUAGUAACACUUCUUUAAUCUACAUUACUUUGUAACUACCUUUAUUACAACCUAUAUGAUCUAGCAGAGAAGUUGAGGCCCAAGGCUCCAAUUGAAACCGGAGGGAGUGGUAGUUCGGUUGUCCCGUUUGAUUGCGGUAAAUGUUAAAUAAUUUUUUACCUUAUAUUUUAGCGCUCACAACUUCUUGUGGAGAAGCCUUAUUGUGAACCUUUAUAAUGGUUCUGUAUUAUA